CGUCAUGAUAAUGGCGUAUUCUACUGAAACAAGCAACGCUACCCUGUUACACUUAUCCCUGCAAUGCUUUUUUAUACUUGAAACCCUUUUUCUUUUCACAGUUCUUCACUUCUUCUUUAAGGAAUGUCUGUAGCUAUGGCUUCUUGUGGGAAAUUUUCUGGGCUUUGCGGUGGUCUGAAAGUAACUGAAAAGCAAGCCUUAUCUGGUCAUGGUAUUUCCAGACGUUUUUUUUGCUGUGGAUCCAUUUCACAGUGUCUGCAUUCCGCCCAGGAGGAUAAGAGUUUCUCAGCAAUUGCAGACAUCCCGACACCCAAAGUGAUGAUAGAUCUUGAUUCUGAUCCGGAUUCAACUCUAGUUGAGAUUACCUUUGGUGACCGCCUCGGGACACUGCUUGAUACAAUGAGUGCGUUGCAAAAUCUUGGACUGAGCGUUGUUAAAGCAAACACUUAUCUAGAUUCAUCAGGAAGGCAUAACAAGUUUGCUAUUACUGAACUUUAUACAGGUAAGAAAAUUGAGGAUCCAGAGUUGCUUGAGGCUAUACGUUUGACUAUUAUUAACAAUAUGCUUCAGUACCACCCAGAGUCAAGCUCGCAGUUAGCAAUGGGGGAGGCGUUUGGUGUUUUUCAACCAUAUACGAAGGUUGAUGUGGAUAUAGCGACCCAUGUUCAUGUGUACGAUGACGGCCCUGAACGGAGCUUACUUCGAGUAGAGACAGUAGAUAGACCUGGACUAUUAGUUGAUCUUGUAAAGACCAUUGCUGACAUAAACAUUGAUGUUGAGUCUGGAGAAUUUGAAACUGAGGGAUUGCUGGCUAAAGCAAAAUUUCAUGCCAGCUACAGGGGUAAAGCUCUCUUCAAGCCCCUUCAACAGGUUCUUGAAAACAGCCUGCGCUAUUUCCUCAGAAGACCAACAACAGAAGAUGCAAGCUUCUGAGUUCAGUAAAAAGGAAUUAGCUUCUGCCUUCUGAUGUUUAACUUAGUGUCAACUGAUCAUGUGACUACUGAUUAUGGACUCGAUUUUAGUUUUCACUUCACUGUGUUAAUAUUUGUACGUAAAAUAUUUAUGUUGUGGUCUGUGGAGUUGUGGACUUUGUGGCCUUGUGGGUAACUAACAACUAUACUUGCAAAGCAUUUUUCCAUUGCACUUUGUCGCUUAAGAUAAUGAGCCAAUGAGGUCCAAUUAGUCUUUUUUUCUCUUUAUAGAUUUUAUACCAUGUUACCUUUUAUAUACUACAUCGAUCGCAUAAUAAACAUCACUUCUUGACU